GGCGGCGCCGGCGGCACUCCGCUCAUGCUGCGUCGGGGGCCGCGGGAGUUGGGGCCGCAGCGGGUCCGUCGCCAGGCAACGGGAGGCCGGAACCUUCUCGCGAGAACCGGCUGCAUUUUUCCCCCCCCCCCCCACACACACACACACACUCGGGCCGACUGCGCCUGCGUGGUGACGCCGCUUCCGCCUGAGAGACGUGGCUCGCCGCCAUCUUGUGCGGGACUCGGAAGCAGCGGGGACGCGGCGCCCAGCAGCAGCAGCAGCAGCAGCAGCAGCAACCCCGCGGAGGCCGCCGCUGCCGCCGCCGCCGCCGCCGCCAUGGUCCUCCUGGCCGCCGCGGUCUGCACGAAAGCGGGGAAGGCGAUCGUGUCGCGCCAGUUCGUGGAGAUGACGCGGACGCGCAUCGAGGGGCUGCUGGCGGCCUUCCCCAAGCUGAUGAACACGGGGAAGCAGCACACGUUCGUGGAAACGGAGAGCGUGCGCUACGUGUACCAGCCGCUGGAGAAGCUCUACAUGGUGCUCAUCACCACCAAGAAUAGCAACAUUCUGGAGGACCUGGAGACGCUGCGGCUCUUCUCCCGGGUGAUCCCCGAGUACUGCAGGGCGCUGGAGGAGAGCGAGAUCUCCGAGCACUGUUUCGACCUCAUCUUUGCCUUCGACGAGAUCGUCGCCCUGGGCUACCGGGAGAACGUCAACCUGGCCCAGAUCCGGACCUUUACCGAGAUGGAUUCUCACGAGGAGAAGGUCUUCAGGGCUGUUCGCGAAACCCAAGAACGAGAAGCUAAGGCUGAGAUGCGACGGAAAGCCAAGGAGCUACAACAAGCGCGGAGGGAUGCCGAGCGGCGAGGCACCAAAGCUACAGGAUUUGGGGGCUUUGGCAAUUCAGCCGUAUCAGGAGGCACCCUUGCUGCUAUGAUCACUGAAACCAUUAUUGAGUCAGAGAAGCCAAAAAUAACUACGGCUCCAACCAGACCUUCUGGUUCAAACAAGGCACUUAAGCUCGGCACUAAAGGGAAGGAAGUGGAUAAUUUUGUGGAUAAACUAAAAUCUGAAGGUGAAAAUAUUAUUGCUUCUUCUGUUGGCAAGCGUUCCUCAAAUUCAGCAGCUGUUCUUGCUCCACCCAUUAACAUGGAGAGCGUGCAUAUGAAGAUAGAAGAGAAGAUCUCGCUCACCUGUGGCCGGGAUGGGGGGCUUCAAAACAUGGAGCUGCAUGGCAUGAUCAUGCUGCGGAUCCUGGAUGAAAAGUUUGCUCGGAUUUGUAUCCACAUUGAGAAUGAGGACAAAAAAGGUGUGCAACUCCAGACUCACCCCAAUGUUGACAAGAAGCUUUUUAUGUCAGAGUCUGUGAUUGGCUUGAAGAACCCAGAUAAGUCGUUCCCCAUCAAUAGUGAUGUGGGAGUGCUGAAAUGGCGGCUGCAAACGACGGAGGAGUCUCUCAUUCCACUGACCAUUAAUUGCUGGCCCUCAGAAAGUGGCAACAGCUGUGAUGUCAACAUUGAGUAUGAGCUGCAGGAGGAUAGCCUGGAGUUAAAUGACGUGGUAAUCACCAUCCCUUUGCCGUCUGGUGUGGGGGCUCCUGUAAUUGGAGAGAUUAAUGGUGAAUACCGCCACGAUAGCCGAAAAAACCUUCUCGAGUGGUGCUUGCCAGUGGUUGAUGUCAAAAACAAGAGUGGCAGCCUGGAGUUCAGCAUCGCAGGGCAACCAGAUGACUUCUUCCCCGUGCACGUCUCCUUUGUCUCUAAGAAGAACUUCUGCAACAUUCAGGUCACCCAAGUGACCCAAGUGGAUGGGAACAGCCCUGUGAGAUUCUCCACAGAGACCACCUUCCUCGUGGACAAAUACGAGAUCCUGUAACCCUUGCUGAAGGGAAGCAGCAAGCAAGGCCGAGGCUGGCUAUGUAGAGAGAGCUGAAGCCUUCAGCGUCAGGGAACGUUGACAUUUGUUUACCCACUGACCUUAUUUCCCAAGUCCCAACCGCUCAGGCCGGGAGAGACUGCCUGCUUCUCUGGCACAGAUGCCCCACCUUGGCAGGUGCCUUCUCCCUCCACCCCACCCCACUUUUUCUUCCACAGGGGGUACCCCAAAAUGGUUCCAGAUGCAGCGGCAAGGAGAUUGCUACCAGCAGCCUCCCUUUUCCAGUGCUGUGCUGACCUUGCCAACCCAUCUGAUCCUGAGCAGAGGUGGGGGAAGCUUCCAUGCUUGUGCAGCUCUCGCCUGAAAGCUCCUCCCUUCUCUGUUAAUCAUUUUAUUGAACCUGGUGCCCCUGCAGAAGAAUAAAGGGCAGCUCUUUCUGGCUUCUCUGACUUUGAGAUCCUGGAAAUCUCAGCUUCUGGGCAGGGAAGCAUUGGGCACCUUGAAUGCAUUGGACUGUGCUCGCCUGCUAAAGAAGACCCCACACCACCUCUGUCCAGAGAGCCCUAGGUGGGAACCGUGAAUCAUACUGAUUGGAGAUUUGUCUGCCUGAUUCUUAAUAUGGGGUUCAGUUUAAUUCUAUUGUCAAAUGCAAUUUAUUCCCAAAUGAUAUUGAAGGUGACACUGAAAUAAGAUUUUGGAACCCUGCAAAAUAAUUACUUACUUACAGCCUGUAUGGCACAUUCCAAUGUAUACAAAGAAUCGUUGCUCCUGAAUCCAAUAAAGAAUAUUAUAAAAGAAAAAAAAAA